AUGACGUUGUUAACCUCCUUCUUCUUCGGUGGAAUUCAGAUCGUUGGUCGGAAUUGGAACGCCGCCGUCUGCAUCCUCAUGCUUUCGAGCAGCAAAAAGCGGCCCUUCGGCUUUGGCAAUAGGGAUGGCUCCUCUUCGGAGGAGGAUGACGUCGACACUACUAUAAACACCAUUAUUAUAACAACUGAAUCCACUUUCCAACCCCGACCAGUUCCUAGUCCGGCUUGUGUCCCGAACCCUUUUUUCAUUUCCAUUGGCCACAGGUUUGAUGAAUGCGUACACGGGCAGACAUCUACUACAAGUAGGUUGAUAUCUGUAUACGCACAAUGCGUGGUCGGGCAGUGGUUGGGAUGGUCGAUGGCUGCUAUUUACAUGGGUGGCCGUGUCCCCCAGAUUUGGCUUAACACCAAACGAGGAAGCGUCUGGGGUUUGAAUCCACUGAUGUUCGCCUUUGCACUGCUCGCAAAUCUAACACAAGUGGCUAGUAUUCUUGCCCGAACAACAAAAUGGGACACCAUAAAAGCCAAUCUGCCAUGGUUGCUGGAUGCAGUUGUCUGCGUGGCACUUGAUCUACUCAUCAUAUUGCAGUAUAUCUACUACAGCUCCUUCAUGAACAAGAACCAUACACACGAAGAAGACAACUACGGAGACAAUGCGGACGCAACCAAAGGCUUUGUGUCAUGAGUCUCUUCGAAUUUUGCCCCAAC